AUGGAAUUGUUAACAGAACGCUACUUUCAAAAACCACUAAGAUUAAGUCAUAGUACAUCAAAUCUACCAGAUAUUCUGAAGUCAACCAACUCAAGAUAUUCAGAAAGAUUUGAUGAUCUUACAGAAGGAAGUUUUCCAGCUUUGUAUACACAUAGAAGUGUAAAAUCAUUUGCGCCAUGGCGUCCUAAAUCGCAUUUUUCACCUGAUCGGUUAACUUAUAAUGGUAUUCAAUCGGCAAGAAUUGGUCCAAUAGUCAAUGUGAUGGGUGAAACUUCAAGACUACAUGAAUUAGAAGGCCUUAAAAUACCGUCUAUUUAUUCAGCUGCACGUAAUGCCUUAUACACAAGAUAUACACCAGCUGAUUGGAAUAAGGGUAAUGCUUUACAGCUGACAAGUUCUGAACAAGCAAGAAAGAGAGCUGAGCAUAUACGAGAGUAUGGAACACGUCUGGGUAUUGAAUCAGAAGAUAGAGUUAGACGUGCCCAGCAAGAAGUUAGCAAGUUACUUGGUCAAAGAAUUAAUGAUAUCAAUUAUAUGAAACAUGAAUUACACAAUGAAAUAGAUGCACUUGUCAAUGAAAUGAAUAAAUUAAUUGAAGCAAAAAGAAUUGCUGAAAAAGCUUUUGCUGAAAUAGAAAAUCCAUUGCAUAUUACACAAGAAUGUUUAUAUCAUCGAGAGAAACGUCAGUCGACGGAUCUUGUACAUGAUCAACCAGAAAUAGCACUUUUAAAGGAGAUUGACGCCAUCAAAAGUUGUCAAGAUCAAAUAAAAAGUGUUAUCAACCGGGCAACAGCUCAAAUUGGACUGUGUAGGGCUGUUCAACAUGAACUGGAGCAGGAUAGUUCAGACAAAUUUAAAGCAUUACAACUGGAUCAGUUAGCACAUCAACUACGGAAUUCAUCUGCUAAUAUUUCAAUGUAUGGUGAUAUUGAGAAAUUCGAAAAAUGGAUGAGUGUACCAGAAAAAUGGGUUGAACAUACAAGUGCUAAUUUAAAACGUUCUCAAGCUGAACGUGCAACAAGCCAAUCAAUACGCGAAGAAAUAGAACAUUGUUUAGGCUCGGUAUUUAGUAGAAUACGUGAUAUAUGGUCUUCAACUAAUGCAAGUUUAUCACAACGUGUGCAAGAAAUUUUGGAUGCUAAGAAUAGAGUACAAAUUCAGUUGGAUAAAGUCAAUCAAGAAUUAUUUGAUGUUGAAAAGAAUAUGGAAUAUUUGAAAAAAUGUAUCUCUGAUAAACAAGCACCUCUAAAAGUGGCUAGAACACGAUUAGAAUUGCGCAAUAGACGUCCAAAUAUUGAAUUAUGUCAUGAUGAUCCACACGGAAGAUUACUGCGUGAAAUAGCUGAGUUACAAGAAUCUGUUGAUCAACUUGUCAAUCAAUUAACCGACAUACAAUCAGCUCAUCAAGAAUUAUUACGUAUAAAAAGUCAUCUAGAAUUAGAUUUAUCAGUUAAAACAAACAGUUUGUACAUUGAUCGUGAAAAGUGUUUAGGCUUGCGUAAAACAUUUCCAAUGAAUCCUACACUGAUAUCACCAACGUAACAACGUCUUCUUGUUCUUCCCGCUCGUCUUCGUCUCUUUUUUCUCAUGUUAUCGUAUUCAAUCCAGAUCAAUCAUACACACUGCAUGCAAAGAUAUGAAGUCAAACGGAAUUAAUUAUAUUUCAAAUAGUAGUAGUAAGAGUGUAGACAACAUAGUAGAUAACAGAAUUUAAAAAAAAAACAUUUAGAGACAACUAACUCUAUAGAUGUUUUCUUUUUAUGAUUAUAGCGACAUUUUUUCGUUAUUUUCUUCUACUACUUAAAAACACCAUCAGUAGUAGAGAUGAAUAACUCACAAUAUUCUUCUGACCAUUCCUUUAUUUAUAUGAAGUAAACAUUGGAUGUGAUCAAGUUACGCAAAUAAUUGUGUGAUCAUGGUGUCCCACUUCAUCUUUGUUGUUUAAACUACCACCUAUUUAUUUGUCUCUACUUUUCUAAUACUAUGUUAUUCUGUAUUUCAUGAGACAGAAACUGAGGAAGGGAGGAAGGGAGAUGGAGUGCCUUAAUCCUGAUAGGUAUUCAUUUGACUCCAACACACACACACAGGGAGUUUUCAAUUCAUUUGUGUGUGACGUUAGAUCGAUUAUUAAGCAAAAAAGCAACACAGCUGUGAAAUGUAAUUGAUAAGAAAAUUCAAUAAAGAAGAGGAGGAGAAAGAAGGUUAUUCAUCACUCGUAAUCAUCAAACUGUUAACUGUCUCCCACUACACAGAACUGCGGAUAAUUUUGGGAUAACCCUUUUCUGUCUUCUAAUUUGCUUUAAUUUCAUCCUCUCAUUGUGUGGGUGGGUGAUUCCCCUCCAUCUUUACACAUGUUAGUGAACACAACAUUUUCCUAUUUCCCUACUUGAUCAAGGGUAUUUACAUAUCUUUCAGGGUUUAUGUGUGUGAAUGUGUGUAUUUCUUUUGAACACUAUCAAUAUUCAUAUUAUACUACUAAUAAUAACGUUAUUACUACUAUAUUUAGUUAUUUUUUAAAUUUUCUAAUAUCUCUAAACGUAUACUCAAUCGGCACCGGCAAAACUGUGAUAACUGUACAAAGAUUUUCGUAUAUUAUAAUAAUAAUAAUAAUUUAUGUGUUAUUCAUUGUUAUUGACUAAUAAUAUGUUUGUUAUUAGUUAAAUUAGUUAAAUUAUGUCUAUUUGUUGUUAUAAUUAUUAGCAUCAUUAUAAAAUCCUAACUAUAUUAUAUGUUAAUCGUAAUAAACAAGUUGUUUUGACACACUCCCCUGUCCUCUCUCCAGUUUCGUGUCUCACUGUCCUCUUCCUUGUUUUUAUCAUGCUUCUUGCUGACCUAUGCUGACCUUUCAAAUGGCAAUUUUUGCUCAUUUCUCCUUAUAACUGAAAGACCAAAUAUUUACUCAGACGAAAUGUCUUUCUUUCUGGCUUAUAGCGCAUUGGAGCACUUCUGUCUGCUCGCGUUCAAAUAGUGGUGAUAAUAAUAGUAAUAACAGGAAUAACAAUAGCUUGCUUGUGUUAGACAAAAAAAGACAAACAAUUUUUCAUGAGUAUUAAACUUAAUAAUAUUACACAUAUAUUUUUUGUUAUUUUUUAUCAAAGCUGACCAAACAGUUGGCUUUUUCAUGACUUCAUUUAUAUUUUUAGUAAGUUAAUAGUCAAUUAAAUAAAUAAACGUAUGAAUAAAA